CUUGGGGGUAGGGGCGGGGCUGAGGGCGUGGUAGAAGGGAGGUCUCCAGGCCCUUCAGUCUACGCUCUUGGAGCUACUCGAGGUCCAGGCGAGUAGGCACAGCUUUUCCAGUCGCUGCAUCUGUAUAUUUGUGUUUGCCCUAGAAUCACCAGAGCAAGGAGGAGGGUUAAACAGUUUAAGAUGAGAAAAGUUGAUCUCUGUUUGAGCUCUGAAGGGGCUGAAGUAAUUUUAGCUACAUCAAGUGAUGAAAAACACCCUCCUGAAAAUAUGAUUGAUGGGAAUCCAGAAACAUUUUGGACCACCACAGGAAUGUUUCCCCAAGAGUUCAUUAUUUGUUUUCACAAACACGUAAAAAUUGAAAAGCUUGUAAUCCGAAGUUACUUUGUGCGCACUUUGAGGAUUGAAAAGAGCGCGUCUAAUGAGCCAGUUGAUUUUGAGCAGUGGAUUGAAAGAGAUCUAGUACACACAGAAGGGCAGCUUCAAAAUGAAGAAAUUAUGGCGCAUGAUGGCCACGCCACUUACUUGAGAUUCAUUAUUACAUCAGCCUUUGAUCAUUUUGCAGCUGUGUAUAGCAUUUCUGCAGAGGGGACAGCAGUUUCCAAUCCUUCUUAAUAAUUAUAACAAAAUGAUUUUAUGUGAUUUUUAACAAUAUAUUUAUUUAAAAACAAAAUUGUCUUUGAUAUAGUUUAUUAAAGGGAUUUGUAUCAGUCUGUUUUGGUUUUUAUUUAUUUUCUCUUUAACAGUUUGUGCAAAGGAAUUUGGUGUCAUGGUCAGCAGUGAUGGCUACCAUGGAGGAUAUAAGAAAGCUCUUGUUUCAGUCUAUAGCUUAGUCAAGAAGGUGACUGUGCAUGAAACUUAGCUGAUAAUACAUUGUGUCCCCACAGCAUCUAACAUGGGACCCUUCAGGUCUCAGUGCAUUAAUUUUUAAAUGUAUUAUUGAUCAAUGCAAGGGUCUAAGUGAGUAAGUAGUAUAUAGCAAGUACACGAUGUACAAGUGCAGAAAAGAGAAAGUAUUUAUGGGAAGGUUUCACAGUGGUCAUGAAACUUGAGCUAGGCCCUGUGGAACAAAUCAUUUUAUUUUUUCUUUUAAUUUUAUUUUAUACGGAUUUGAAAACCUCAGAGAAGAGGCAGGCUUUCUUCUUUCUUUCCAAAGACAUCCAUUAUUCUGGAUGUUUCCAUGUGGGAGUUUUUUGGAUGAGGUGAACACUUAAAUGGGAGGACUUUGAGUAAAGCAGAUUGUCUUCUAUAAUGUGGGUGGGCCUCAACCAAUCAGUUGAAGACCUUAAUAGAACAAAAGACUGUCCUCUCCUGGGCAAGGAGGAAUUCUGCCACCAGACAGCGUUUGGACUUCUACUGCAACGUCAGCUCUUCUCUGGGUCUCCAAGUCAUUGUCAUGAAAAAUGUUAAUUGAUUAAGGAAGGGGGUCUGCUCUAGAUCCAAAGAGAUGUAAAAGCUCCAAUAACCACAUGUCACGUGUGUUUCUUAUUUGGAUGCCGAUUUGGGCAAACCAACUGAAAAGAGACAUUUUUAAGAAUUGGAAAAUCUACUUGUGGACCAUUAUUGCGCAUUUUGCUAGGUGUGCUGCUAGCAUUAAGCUUUCAUAAGAAAAUGCCUAUAUUUUAAAAAGAUGCACAUAUAAGUAUGUAGGAUUGAAAUUACAUGAUAUCUGGGAUUUGCUUUAAAAUACUUAAGUAAAUGAAAAAGUGUUAGUUGAAGCAAAUGUGGCAACAAAACAUUGAAUCUGGGUGAUGGAUAUACGGGGUUUUGUUGUACUAGUCUCUCUAAUGUAUACUUGAAAUUCUUCAUAACAGAAAAAUAAGUUUAAUGCUACUGAUCAUAUCUUUGUGUAUAAAUUUUUGCCUGCCUCUCAGAAGAUUUCCGUAGAAGAGAUUUUCAGAAAGGGAGUACUCAAAGUUAGGAACAGUUUUAAGGCUCUUAAAACUUCUAGAUAAAUUGCUUACCAAGAUUUGUUAUACCAAUUUACUCCUAGUAAGGUAGGUUUUAGAUAAAUGGAGGAGAGUA